AUGUCCUGUCUCCUGGAUACUCAUUUCGACAAGAUUGGCUCGUUAUCUCAAGACAGCAACGGUAUCUAUUCCAUUGGUGAAUGCCUAAGCUCCUCUCUCCUUUGGCAACAUCGAGAUGAGCUCGAAGCUCAUGCUCAAGAGCUUCCGCCCACGCCCCAUAGUUUCUUCGCUCCGAUACCCGACGUUUUCGAAUAUCCGAACUGGACCAGCUAUCGCAAGGCUAUAGACAGAUGGCAACAUUUCUGUUCUAUUAAUGACAAGGUUGAGGGCAACAAGAACCGGCUUGGCUUUUGCAUUGCAAGCCAAUUCUUGAACGAAAUGAUUCCUCACCUUGUCUCGGCAGAAGAACAGUUUGUAAUCUAUCACCCAGACCUCCAUCGAGGUAAAAUCUUUGUCGACGAGGACUUUAACAUAACAUGUAUCAUCGACUGGGGUUCUGCGUCGGCGAGCCCUGCCUCAGAGUUGCUCUCCACUCUGGGACUCGAUGGGUCUCUGUCACCGCCUAAGCCGUCACUUGUUACAGCUCUCAGAUCAGGAAUUCGCAACGGGGGCCAAGUGCUGGGGCCUCAGCAAUGGGCGAGAGCUGACAAGAUGUGGUAUUUCUUGCGGCUGGUUCGAAUGAUCUCUACACAGGACUGCACUCUCUUUCAGUCGCUGUAUGAUUUUGUGUACUUUAAGAAUUUAGAUAAUAUUCCUCGACAGUUUCAUGAGAGGAAUAUGCGAGAUUCUGGCCGAGCUUUAUUCGCCAAGUUGUGCCAAGAAGGCGAGUCUGAAGAAGACGAACCAACACAAGAAGAGGAUGGCAAUGGUCAAACAAUCAAACAACUGUUUCUGUCGAAGCCCUGA